CCAUGAAUUGACGCACGUGUCCGCGUCAUGUUCCCACUCGCAGAGAAACGCGUUUACCUCGACAAAUUGUCAUCUCUUACGAAUUUUUGCGGGAUUCUAGCAAGUUCGUCGCGGGCUUCUAUAAAUACGGGCCUCUGGGUCUCGUAUAAUUCUUACAGCAAUCGGCGAAAACCACGGAAUUACUCAGGUAUCCAAAAAGUUUUUGAAUUUCGCUCGCAGUUAUCUCGAGACAAAAGAAGUGAGAAGAAAGCAAGAUGGCUGGUGAAGGGCAAGUGAUUAGCUGCCACACCGUCGAUUCUUGGAACCGGCAGCUCCAGAAAGGAAUUGAAACCAAGAAACUGGUGGUGGUGGAUUUCUCUGCUACAUGGUGCGGUCCAUGUCGCCUCAUUUCCCCAGUUCUGGAUGACCUCGCAAGAAAGCUGACCGAUGUCAUUUUCCUGAAGGUCGAUGUCGAUGAAUUAAGGUCUGUUGCUGAGGAUUGGGCUGUGGAGGCGAUGCCUACUUUUAUCUUUAUGAAAGAAGGCACAAUAGUGGACAAGGUUGUUGGUGCAAAUAAGGAUGAUUUGCAGAUGAAGAUCGCGAAACAUGCAACCGCUGCUGUGACUGCUUAAUAUCUAUUGAAACACAGCUUGCGUUGGAUUCGACCGUGACAUACCAUCGUCGUUUGUCAACCUGUUUGUGUCCAUUUCCAAAGUAUAUCAGUGUGCAUGUAGCUCUUAUUUGCUUUCUCCUUGAUCCUGUAUCGCUUCAGAUACAGAGGCAUGUGUAGAGCCAUGUGAACUUGUCAUUUGAGUAAUAAAAGGCCUAUUUCUGCUGUUCUGUUU